AUGUCGUUACGGAGCUCAGGGACAACAUGUGCUGUUCGUGGUUGUACAUAUAACCGCACUAAACUAAUUCAGUGGCUUAAACACGACGAAUCAAAUAGAAUAUGGAGGAAGAACUUAAACUUAAAAACACCUCCAAAACACCUGUUUGUGUGCUCGUUUCACUUCGUGGACAAGAAGCCAACACUGGAUAACCCGUACCCAACGCUCUUUAUGGGUUACGAGAAGCCACCGGAGAAGAGACGCCGACCUAGGAUUCGACAUGUCACAACAACAACAACAACAGAUGAGCCUAUUGUGAUGCAGGUUUCUGGGGACCCAGAUCCUACCUCACAGACCUUUCAUGAUGCCCAGACACAGUGGUCAGACCCAACAAUGGAUGACCACACCUACUCCAAAGCACCUACCAUCACAUGUGGUAUGACAACUGCCCCAUCCACUGAGAGGACACUGCCUGUUGCAGAUGGUGUUUUGAAAGACGAUACAGACUGUCUGCUGUACACAGGGAUUCCACUUCUCGAAUUCAAAACCCUUGUGUCUUGCUUGCAACGCUUUGCCCCCACAUCGCCAGCAUUUUCAGCAGAGGACCAAAUCCUCUUGACAUUAAUGAAGCUUAGACAGAACUUUGUUAUUGCCGAUUUAGCUAGACGCUUCAAAAUGUCACCUGGUCAGGUCAGUAAAACACUGACAUUCUGGAUAGAUGUGAUUGCUGAGCACACCCAGGAUCUCAUUCCAUGGCUGCCGCGCGAAACAAUAAAAGCCACUUUGCCGCAAAUUUUUAAGGACAAUUUCCCCAACACAACUUGUGUCAUUGACUGCACAGAAAGUGUCUUGCAGAAGGCUAAAAAUCUGGACUCAAGAACUGAAUCUUAUAGUCACUACUAUGCAAACAAUACUGUCAAGUAUCUAGUAGCAAUUGCUCCAUCUGGUAUGGUUAUGUACAUUUCAGAGGCUUACGGUGGCAAAUGUAGCGAUAGAUUCAUCACACAGAACUCUGGGUUUCUCGACCAUUUGCGUGCUGGAGAUGAGGUGAUGGGGGACCGUGGCUUCACCAUCAGAGAUCUGCUAGAGGAACGGAAUGUUCGUUUGAUCAUGCCAGCUUUUACGCGCAAGAAAUGCCAGCUGACAAAUGAGCAGGUCACUCGCACAAGACGCAUUGCUAAUGUCCGCGUACACAUUGAGCGAGCAAUCAGACGUCUUAAGGUGUACAAGAUCCUCUCUCAAACUGUGCCUAUUCAUUUUGUCCCUAAAAUCGACAGAAUACUAAAAAUCUGUGCAGCACUCGUAAAUCUGCGAGGAGAGCUUAUUUCUAGAACAUAG